UAUAAAGUGUCCUUUUUUUAGCGCAUGCGUCGAAUGUAGUUUCUUGGUACACUAAAGCCAUAGAAGACUAGACUUCGUGGACGAAGGUUCCAAUCAUGAAAUAUGGGAUUCGUGUUUUUAUAGGCUUUAUUUUCUUUAAUUACAAUAUUACUUAUCCUCAAGUAUAAAACGUUAAAAUAAGUGUGUUUUCUAUCUAUCACUGUGUAUAACGACAAAUUUAGUUUUAUGCAGUGAAAAAAACUAAUAUCACGUUUGCGUAGAAAAAAAUGAAUAGUUCCAAAGCCGAAGAGACAUCUCAACUUCCUCCUCCAAGUUGUGGUACGACAGUGGUGCCGCGUUCUCCUAGCCAUGAUUCAUUUGCAACGGACCUGUCCCUGAUAUCUUUAUCCAGUCUCGGAUCUGAGAUUGGUCAAUUAAGAAGCAGCAUGAUGAGGACAUCAAGAAAUGGAGAAGGGCCGGAGGAGUCGCUGAGACAGAGCCCUUUACCUGCAGAAUUCGUUUGGGGUCGGGCAGGCGCUAAAGGCAGUCGUGGAAGCAAAGGAAGCUUAUUUCUAAUUCCCUCGGAGCAGCACGCACCUGUUACAAAAAGAACAAUAUCAGGGGAAGUUCUCUUCGAAGAAGAAACUGAAGUGAUCCGUAAUUGUGGAGCACUAUCAUCCUUUCUGGGCCUGAUGAAGAGCUUUAGUACUUCAGAUAUAACCCAAAUUAUAACAGAAGAGAGUGGAUCUCUACGACCAAGUACUUCGGAGCUCGCUCUCUGUGACUGGGAACAAUUCGAUCUUUCCAAUGCACGUCUGGAUAACACCUCCCGUUCCCUCUCCACUUGGGUUGCUGUUGGUGAUGUCGCUUCAUCUUCUCACAUGGCAUCCCCUCUUCCUCAAUUUCAAUUUGGCAGUUUAUCUUCUAACAUCACUCCGGCAGAGCUUGUCCGUUCUGUGAACAAAAAAGUUAGACAGAGAUACAUACGCCGUAGAAUCUUAUCUACCUACAAAGCUUUAGAAAGACUGACACACAGCGAAGUUAACCUUUUGAAGGUGUCCAAGCAACGGGAAACACGUGUCAACGUUCCUAAGGUACAAAUAUCUUCAGACCUUGACCGUAGGGACGUACAACUUCCUUCUCUCAGCUUUCGUGGCCCUAAUAAGAACCUAACUCUCACGGUCAAGGAUAUAGACAGAGAAAAGGGGAGGCCACUCACAAAGUACGAGAGGAACAUAAUGAUAUUUAAUUGGCUGCAGAACUUAGAAGAAAAUACUCUUGAAGUAAGUUAAUAAAGCAAAUAAUUGGUUCUGUUUUCGUAUAGAAAACUUCAGUUUUUUUAGAUAUUUAAGUAACUGUAUUUCAGUAUAUAAAAAUGAAAUCUGCAAAGUUUCGAUAUUACAAGUCUAAUAUUUUUAUUUUCUGUUGUCGAAAGUAUUUUAAUUUCGUGGACGCCAAGAAUUGCCUAUAUGAAAAUUAGUGUUUUGAUAAUGACAUUUCUAGAAUAUAUAAAACAGGAAUUAAAAGAUAGUCUUGUAAGAAAAAGUAAAUAUUGGUAGAAAAGCUGCUUGUAAAUAUAUUUAUAAUUGUAAAAAUAGAAAUAAAA